GGAAAGGGAAAAUUGAGCCUGAAACGCUGCGUUUUCACUUUUUCUUUGUUUCAGACUCACACCACAUGUUAGAGUCUUGAAAUAAGAAUAAGACUUAAGAGCUAAAAAAUCGCGUGUUUUUCGAGAGGGAAUGGACGCGCUUGGAUUUGGGAGUGGAUUUAGCGGCUUCUGGAAGUGGAAUCCGUCACCGGAAUCUCGACGGCGUCGUAUUCGCUCUAACUCGACUUCGCCUGGUUCCAUCGUCGGAGGUGGUUAUCAGUUCCCGGUGAAGCAGGCGAUAACAGCCGCCUCCCUCGCCCUUACCGGUGACACAAUUGCUCAGAUCAGUAACCGUUGGAGCAAAGCCAAAGAGACGGAUGAAAAUGCCUCUCAGGAUGUAUUGUCGAGGCUUCUUUCGGAACACGAUUUGCUACGUGCUCUGCGAAUGACUUCCUAUGGAUUCCUUUUCUAUGGUCCUGGUUCUUUUGCCUGGUACCAGUUGCUUGAUCAUUGUCUCCCUAAACCAAAUGUCCAGAACCUAAUGCUAAAGGUUUUACUAAACCAGAUUGUGUUGGGUCCGUGUGUCAUUGCGGUUGUCUUUGCGUGGAACAAUUUAUGGCAACAGAAGCUCUCAGAGCUUCCAGAAAAAUACAAAAGAGAUGCUCUUCCAGCUUUACUCUAUGGGUUUAGAUUUUGGGUCCCUGUCAGUGUGUUAAACUUCUGGGUGGUGCCUCUUCCAGCUCGAGUAGCUUUUAUGUCAAUGGGCUCAAUAUUUUGGAAUUUUUACCUAUCAUCAACUAUGAACAAGUAAAAUGAAUGCAGCAGACUCUACCAGUAAUUUGCUUUUUUAAAAUUUUUUACAAUGAGGUAUGAUAUCUAUGCGAGAUUAUAUUCCUCCUUUAUUAUAUGUUUGGUUCUACUCGCACUUAAGCUGUAACAUUAUCAUCGACCCUUAUCAUGGUUAUACUCGCACUUAAGCUGUAACAUUAACAUCAACCCUUGUAUUUGUAGGUUUAUUAACAUUUCUGUUCCCCGCUAAAGAUUUUACAUUUUGAAAGCUGUUGACAUUGAAGACCAGCUCUGUUAUGCAGACAGCUGUGAAAUCAGGCGCUAUUUCAUAUAUAAAGUGAUUAUGUAGGAGCUAGCUUUUCAACUAGGAAUUGUAUUUGGGAUAAUUUGUGUUUGUUCUUGUGGAUAAUUGUUGAAUCUGGUUAUGAAAAGACCAGAAAAAUGUGCUGGGAGGCAGAUUUUAGGUUUAGUGUUCCUUGGAAUGUUCUUCAGUGUGUUACAAUACUUGUUGGAACUUUCAUUAAUGUCCCUCGUUGCAUGUGCCUCAAAAGGGGAGCCCCAAUUCUUCCCUUAUAGUUGAUUGCUUAGUUUGCAGAAAUCAAAUUUAUAACAUGAAACUUUUACUUCCAA